AUGGUAUCAUCCGAAAUUCCCAGGGCAAGUCUCCUAGGACUACCCUCAGAAUUCCGCAACCAAAUUUACCAAAACUACUCCACGGUCGAUGGUGGCUACGUUUACGAUGGUGAUACGAAUAAGCUUGUUCAGCCUGGCGGAAAGCCCAUCGACAUUUCACUCCGAUCGGCCUGUCGCUCAAUCGCUUUGGAGACACAAGACUUUCUAUUCAGUCUCAACAACAUCAAGUUCUCUACUGUUUACAGAAAAGAUUGGCAGAAACAAGCGAUAACCCCCGACAUGUAUCAUUCUUCGAGUGUUGAUCUAGGUAAACACAUGGCCGCAGUAAAAGCUGAGGUCGAAAAGUGCAUCGCUAUAGAUGCCAGAUGCCCUGAAAUGCGCUACACUUUCGGCUGUUUAAGGAGUCGCGACGACAUUGACGACCUCAGAGCGACAAGUGGAUGUAAUAGCAACUCCUACUUACUGGACCAGGCUGUUUCCCAAGUUCUACGAGCCUUUGCAGGACGAUACCCCGAGGAGUUUGCAGCAGCCGUUGAUCUAGGCAAACCUGGUUGGUCUUCGUCCCAUUCCGCUCUCGACUUUUUCGACCUCACCUUCCCUCCGUGGGCGACCCCUUCUCUAGCCGAAGCAACAGCACUGGCUGAAGAAUGGAAUUUGGUAAAAGAAGGAGACGACCAGAUUCCGAAUUGGUAUCAGAAGACAUACCUCGAUACCGCCUAUAGGGGCCCAAUCUUCAAAUAUCGAAGAAGACGCCAUUUUUCCGCCGCUUCGUUGGCCAUACGGUUUCUCAACCAGAUCACGAAGCGUCAGCGCCUCUGUAUACGUCAUCUGAUCAUCAACGAAGAUCGGCUUUCGGGGCCACGCCCAGAAUGUCACCCACUUGGCUUGAUCCCUUUCUGUAGGGAGAACCCGAAAUUAUACAUCGACCAUCGCGUCAACCUAUGGCGCAGUUUCAUCAUGAGAACGUGCGGACAUUCACCUUCACCUGGUCAAGUGGCCCACUCAGCCGAGACCGUAGUGGAUGAAGAGGAUGAGGAGUUCCACAUGGGGUCGCAUCAAGUAUUCACGUCCUCAGUCAUACAAGGAUUUGUCGACUGGCUGGUGGUACACACAACGGAGAUUCUCGAUGAAGGAAUGUCUUUGGCAUCUUACACUUUGACUCUAGACGGAGACCCCGAUCUCAACUACUCAACCGAAAUGUUCAACACCAUCAUGAAGCCUAUGAUUGCAGGGUUAACCAUGAACUCCGACAUCGUGGCCCGAGGCAUAUUCACGGCUCCCGACCACCCCGAUUACCCUUUUAUGACACGACGAUCCAUGACAGAGAUUACACCAGUUGACAAACGGAGUUCCGUGCUACAAUGCAACUUCACUCUCGAUCAACCAUGGAGCUACAAGAACAUCAUUAAGGAGGAAGAAAUUGAACCGGGGGAGGUUGAAUCACACCGUGCCCUGAAUCCUGUUGGACGUGACUCUUGUUGGUUCGACAUCUGCACGCCAUUGGUGCAUAUUCUGGACAUUACUCUCGAGUACUUUGACAGGGAGAAAUUGGUGGAUUGCACGGAUGAGAUGCUUAGCAAAUAUGGAAAUCUGAGCGGGAAAAAAACCAUUGACGACGUUGAGCUAUGGCAAGCUGUCGCCUGGAAUUAG